ACAAAUCCCAACCCCUUUUUUCCCUCCCCUUCUCACCACCGCCGCUCACCUCACCAGUCAGCACUCCCACACAGUACCCACUCUUUCUCUCUCCACCUUUUCACGCCCGUUGCUUGCUCCCCCACGCUCCUCCCUCCUCUCCUCUCCUCUCUCUCUCUCUCUCUCUCUCUCUCUUCCGCUCCGCUGCCUUUCUCUCACUUCGCCGCCACUCCCCACUCUCUCUCUCUUCUAUCUCUCUAUCUCUCCACUCCUUACAGCUAGAUUCUAGAAGCCAACAAAAACAGACGGGGGCAGAGCGCAGAGGGGAGAAUCGUGCUCCGGGAAAGCAAACCUCAGAGAAUCCACACCUCUCCCCCCCUCUCUCUCUCUCUCUAGAUCUACGCAAGCCGCCUCGGUAUCCGCGAUCGCCGCCGCCGCGGCUGCUGAUGCGUCCGUGCUGCUCCGCGGAGGUGGUGCUGCGCUGCUAGCUGGUCGUCCGAGAGUCCGUCCGGGCCCCGACAGAGCGAUGGGGGCGGCGCCGGUCCUCGUCCUGCUGCUGAUCGCUGCGGCUGCCGCAUUGCCGCGGCGGGCGCGCGCGGUCACCGACGCCGGCGACGUUUCUGCUAUAAAUGGACUUUAUGUUGCACUUGGAUCACCAAAGCUGCCUGGAUGGUCUGCUAGUGGUGGAGAUCCCUGUGGUGAGAGCUGGCAGGGUGUCACAUGUACUGGCUCAAGUAUAACCUCAAUAGUUUUCAAUGCUGCAAAUUUGGGAGGACAGCUAGGCAGCCUCGGGAACUUCGCUUCAAUAACUGAAAUAAAUCUUAGCAACAACAAUAUCGGUGGAACCAUACCGGAAGAUCUACCUGUCACACUGCAGAAUCUGUUUCUCUCAGAUAACCAACUAACUGGAAGCAUUCCAAUGUCAUUAUCAAAACUCCAUAGUCUAACAGCCAUGUCACUGAAUGAUAACCAUCUAGAUGGAAAACUACCAGAUGCAUUUGAUUCCCUCACGGGACUUGUAAAUCUGGAUAUUUCUUCCAACAACUUCAGUGGUUCAUUACCACCUUCAUUGGGAAGCUUGACAUCACUGACUACAUUGCACAUGCAAGAUAAUAAACUAUCUGGGACCCUUAAUGUCUUGCAGGAUCUCCCCCUCAAAGAUUUAAAUGUAGAGAAUAAUAUGUUUUCUGGACCAGUUCCUCCGAAGCUGCUGAACAUACCAAACUUCAAAAAUGAUGGGAAUCCUUUUAAUACCAGCAUAGCUCCCUCUACCUCACCCUCUUCAACUCCUACAGGCUCUACACCAACACAAACACCAUCGUCCUCUUCAUCCCCUUCAGGAUCUCCUCCACCAUCUAGUGCAGCAUCAAACUCUUCUAGUGGAUCUACUGCUCGAAAUAGCAAUUCUCCAUCAUCCAAGAAGAGCAAGUCUUCAACCCUCAGAACUGUUGGAUAUGUUCUUCUUGCUAUUGUGCUAUUCAUAGUUCUAGUUCUGUUGGUAAUCUUUUGCCUGUCCAAGUAUCAAGAAAGACAGUCUAGACGUGAUUAUUCCGCGGCUCAAUUAGGUAGGGUGCAUCAGAGGAUUGAGGAGCCAAAAAGCAAGCAAGCUUCGGUGCAGUCUAAACAUGAAGCCAAAAAAGGUUCAUCUGAGGUUCCUGAAAGAAAGAAGCCCCGUGAAAUAAAUUUAGCUGUACCAGUUGCCCUUGAGAAGCCUCCUGACAAGAGAAAAGAGCAUGUAAUUAAUUUGGAGCGAACAGAAUCAGAGAUCUUUGCUGCAGCACCUCCUCCACCUCCACCUCCACCUCCACCUCCGCCUCCUCCACCUCCACCACCACCGCCCCCAACACCGCCACCUCCACCUCCACGACCGCCAUCGCCACCUCCCGUUGAAAAAGUAACUGUAAAUCCCAUUGUACGUUCAGAAAAAAGAGUUAGCACCCCGCCAAGGACUGGUCCCUCGACAUCUGCAACAUCCUUUUCUGUGGCAUCACUUCAGCAAUAUACAAAUAGUUUUCAAGAGCAAAAUUUGAUAAGGGAGAGUAGAUUGGGAAAAGUGUAUCUGGCAGAACUUCCUGGAGGCAAAUUACUGGAAGUUAUGAAGAUUGAUAAUGCUAAUGGAAGAAUACCAGUAGAUGACUUUCUAGAGUUGGUUGCUCGUAUAUCAGAUAUUAGACACCCUAACAUUCUUGAAUUAGUUGGAUAUUGUGCUGAGUAUGAACAGCGAUUACUUGUGUAUAACCACUUCAGUAGAAAAACAUUACAUGAUGUACUACAUGAAGGGGAGGAUCUAGAUGAACCAUUAUCCUGGAAUGCUCGCCUCCAGAUUGCUCUUCAUGCAGCAAAAGCCUUAGAGUAUCUCCAUGACACCUGUGAACCUCCUGUAGUACACCAGAAUUUUGAACCAUCCAACGUGCUCCUCGACAAUAGAUGCUCAGUACGUGUUGCUGAAUGUGGGCUGGCAGAAUUGACGGCAUCUGGUUCUGUUACACAGCUCUCAGGUCGUAUGCGAGCUCUACUCAAUUACGAAGCACCUGAAAUCCAUGAGUCUGAGCCUUUUACUCAUCGAAGCGACGUAUAUAGUUUCGGUGUGGUGAUGCUAGAACUUCUUACUGGUCGUAAGCCAUAUGACAGCUCUCGUCCACGUGCUGAACAGCAUCUUGUUAGAUGGGCUGAUUCUCAGUUUCAUGACAUGGAGUCCCUGUCAAAGAUGGUUGAUCCUUCUAUCCAAGGAGAGUGUUCCAUGAUACUGUUGUCACGUUUUGCAGACAUCAUCAGUGGGUGUAUUCGGCCGGAACCAGAACUCAGGCCAGCAAUGUCUCAAAUCGUCCAAGACCUAGCUAGGAUUGUAGGUGCUAGUGGUGAGGUAUCAGAGUGACAAAUAAAGGAGGAACAGUAGACAUCCAGCUUGUCAGUCGUGUGGCCAGUGAAGACUCCUACAUCCUUAGCGCAGUGCCAGGGGUACUCUAUCUGCAUUUAUAUUGGACGAGAUUGCGGCUAGUGUAUAUGCCAUUUUGGAGCCUCAUUUAUUCUGGAAAGAUGUAGUGGUACUGUGGUAGUAUUGCGCAACCAGUGAGAUAUGGCUUCGCAUUGUUGCUGAGCAGAUUCCCGUGCUCCUCUUGACAUGAUAAUUUCACCUGUAGGCAGUAUUUCUUGUAACUAAUUCUAAUUUUAUUAUUUUAUUACAGUAUAGCUAGUCAUGUUAAAUAUGAUGCAUGUCUUGAGACUCAUGUUUCUCCGGAAUAAAAACUGCCUUGCUAACUCCAUAUGGUUUGUUAAUCUUAGAAGUCUACUGUCAUUGGGAUUCUUUUCAGAGGCAAAGAGGCCUUCCCUCUUGACAUGGACAUGAUCAUCGUAUUGACCUGGUGUCUUCUGCCGACCUGUACAUGAAGAUUCUCCUCCUUGAAGCGAAAACACCUCUGCUACUGCUAGGUAUGCAUUGUGUGCUUGGUUACUGUCUUUUCUUCGUGUGAUUUCUUCAAGACCUAGAAUAAAUUAGGACAAUAUUGAACUAUGCUGAUUGGGAUUAGAUAAACUUUUGUAUUGAUCUGUUCUUAAUUGAUAGAUGGCACCCUGUGGUUGAUUGCAAGUUUGAUCUGUCAUGGUGCCUUGUAGCAUGUACUGUCAUGUUCUGGAUUUCUGGCUGGCUGCUUUCUUCUUUUUCCCCCCAGCUUACAGUGCUAACAGCAAAGUCGAUUCUAGAGCCCAGGAGUAUAUUUUGGCUUACAUUUUUGUAUGCUUGAUUGAACUGACAGUAUAUCAUCUUGUCUUUUGGCAGAGCAAAAGCUUUGUAUAUCACAAAACUGCGAAAGUUUGCCCUGCUUCCUAUCUUGUUGGGGAAAUUUUUGAUGGUGUACUGGUAUAUGCUUGAUAUAAUAGUAGAGCACCUUUUGCAUUUUAGAAAAACAAAAGGUUAUAUCUCAAAACUGUGAAAGCGCUGCCCUGUUUCCUGUCUUUUGGGGGGAAAUUGUUUGACGGCCAAACUUUUUUUUUACUGUGGACUUGUGGCUGCUUGAGACGGACCACCUUUUAGUAAGAUGACUUGUUUGAACUUUGAACACAAUUUGAA